AUGAAUGAUUACGCUAGUAAGAAGAGUGCAGCGCAGAGCAUGCUGGAUGUGGCUCUGCUGAUGGCCAACUCGUCUCAGCUGAAGACGGUGCUUCAUUCUGGAGCUCAGCAUCGCUUCUACACUACUCUUAUUGCUCUCAUCUCAAUCUCCAUCUCACUGCAGCUGAUUGUUGGACUCCUGCUCAUCUUCAUUGUGAAGUCCGACCUGAAUGAUGUGAAGCAGCAGCCGAGGUUGAACACGAUGAACAAUAUGGCCACCGUUUUUGUGUUCUUUACUGUGCUUAUCAAUAUCAUCAUCACAGCAUUGGGAUUUGAGGCCGGAGGAUGA